AUGUCAAAAAAUAAUAUAACCUAAAAAAAAUGCGGCUCAAAACAAAAAUUCAAAAUGUGUGAAAUUAAUAUCAACAAUUUUUCAUUGUUAUACCCCGAAAUUAAGAAAUCGUUUCAAGAUGCAAAGUUUAUUGGAGUAGACUUCGAAUUUAGUGCCUUAAAUCCAAUAGUAGAAUUCAGUCCUAGUAUAUUUGAUUCUCCAUCGGAACGAUAUUAUAAAUUAAAAGCAAAUAUAGAAAAUGUUGUUCCACUUCAGGUUGGCUUAACUGCAUUUAUUUUUGAUUCAAAGAAAAACAGUUAUUGUGGAAAAAUUUAUACGUUUUAUGUUCAGCCUGCUUGUUUUCAACAUAUACAUAGAAAUUUUUACUUUCAGUCGAGUACCAUAAAUUUUCUUAAAUCUUACAAUUUUGAUUUUAAUAAGUUUGCAUACAGUGGAAUUUCAUUUAUUAAUAAGGACCAGGAACUUGAAUUGAGAAGAAAGUUUAAAAAUGGUGAAAUUUUUGAAACUAAUUGUGGUUGUAGAACUGAAAUAGAAGAAUUUUUUAAUAGAGAAGGUGAAGUAAUAAAAUCUUGGUACGAAAAGGCACUACCAGGUGAAUUUUUGACUGUUCCUAAAGUUCGUGGUGAUCUAUAUUAUAAUGAAGAAACAUUAUACUUUUUACAGAAAACUUUAAGAAAUAGAUUCCAAAAUAUUUGGACCUUUAUAAAGAAUAGAGAAUUUAUUGUAAAAAAAGUAUCAAAAGAUGACCGAGAUAAUUUAGAAAAGACUGAUAUACUUGAAGAAAAACUCUUGGACAGUUUGUUAGGUUUUUCUAAAGUAAUUCAGCUGCUAAUAACAUUAAAAAAACCUAUAAUAGGUCAUAAUUUUAUUCAAGAUUUAUUAUUAAUGGUAAAUAACUUUGAGCAAGCUUUACCACCAUCAUAUAACCAAUUUAAAGAAUUAAUACCAAAGUUAUUUCCAUUGAUAUUUGACACAAGAACUAUAUCAUAUGGGCUACGUAGUCAAAUACCAGAAGAAAAACAGUGGGUAGAUACCGGGUUAGAUUCUAUUUUCGAUUAUUUUAAAAACAAAGUUGGUCGCCACAUAGCCCCUAAUUCCCCAGCAAUAGAGAUAGAAAAUCAAGAAAACAGUUACGGAAAGAAACAUGAUGCUGGUUGGGAUUCCUUUUGUGCAGGUUACAUUUUUAUUCGCUUAGCACAUUUAAACAUUUAUGACAAAUAUCCUUCAUCGAAAGUAUUUGUAAGCAGUGAAUAUAUAGGAGGAUUAACGCAGUAUAAAAACAAAGUGAAUCUUAUUCGCUGCUCAGUUCCAAAUAUAAAUUUUGAUGGACCGGAUCCAGUAACUACAAGACCUCCAUAUUUAGUGAUCGAAUCUCGAAAAAAUCAAGCUAUAAAUAUUUCCCAGGUUACAUCUUUAUUAAGCUCAUUUGGUUUCGUAGAAAUACGAAAAAUGCGAUUUGCAAGGACCAAAGCCUUAGUAGCAGUCGAUAAUUUCGGCAAUGCACGCCGUAUUUUGAGAGGCCUCAAAUCAAACGCUGAUUACCGAGUUAUCCAGUACACUCUAUUGAGACACUCGCCCAUAGCUAGGAUUUGCUUGAUUGGAGGCGUUUCCCUUUCUGGAGCUUUAGUAGUGUGGUUGACUCAUAUUGCCCUUAAGAAGUAAUUUAUUUUUUACUGCAAAUAUACUUUUUGUAUAAAUAG